CUGCAAGCGAGGGAUCCCAAAUGGUAAAAUGGCUGAGAAGCAGAAACACGAAGGCAGCAGGGUGAAGAUAGGACACUAUAUCCUCGGAGACACGCUCGGAGUUGGCACCUUUGGAAAAGUCAAGAUUGGAGAGCAUCAGCUAACUGGACAUAAAGUUGCAGUGAAGAUCCUUAAUCGUCAAAAAAUCCGCAGCCUCGAUGUGGUCGGCAAAAUCAAACGCGAGAUCCAGAACCUCAAGCUGUUUCGCCAUCCUCACAUCAUCAAACUGUAUCAGGUGAUAAGCACCCCGACAGACUUCUUCAUGGUGAUGGAGUAUGUGUCGGGAGGGGAACUCUUUGACUAUAUCUGUAAGCACGGAAGGGUGGAGGAUCAUGAGGCUCGGCGUCUCUUCCAGCAGAUUAUCUCCGGAGUGGAUUACUGCCACCGGCACAUGGUGGUGCACCGCGACCUCAAGCCAGAGAACGUACUGCUGGACGGCAGCAUGAACGCCAAGAUAGCAGACUUCGGCCUAUCCAACAUGAUGUCAGACGGGGAGUUCCUGCGGACCAGCUGUGGCUCUCCAAACUACGCCGCCCCAGAGGUCAUCUCCGGAAGGCUGUAUGCAGGUCCCGAGGUGGACAUCUGGAGCUGUGGCGUGAUCCUGUACGCGCUGCUUUGCGGCACGCUGCCCUUCGACGACGAACACGUGCCCACCCUCUUCAAGAAGAUCCGCGGCGGCGUCUUCUACAUCCCAGAGUACCUCAACCGCUCCGUAGCCAGCCUCCUCAUGCUCAUGCUGCAGGUGGACCCGCUCAAGAGGGCCACCAUCAAGGACAUCAGAGAGCACGAGUGGUUCAAGCAGGACCUGCCGGGCUACCUGUUCCCGGAGGACCCGUCCUACGACGCCACGGUGGUGGACGAGGAUGCGGUGCGGGAGGUGUGCGAGAAGUUCGAGUGCCCCGAGUCGGAGGUGAUGAGCAGCCUGUACAGCGGGGACCCGCAGGACCAGCUGGCCGUCGCCUACCACCUCAUCAUCGACAACCGACGCAUCAUGAACCAGGCCUCCGAGUUCUACCUGGCCUCCAGCCCCCCCACUGGCUCCUUCAUGGAAGAGGGCAUGCCUCUGCCCCCUGGCAUCAAACCACACCCUGAGCGCAUGCCCCCGCUGCUGGCCGACAGCCCCAAGGCGCGCUGCCCGCUGGACGCCCUCAACACCACCAAGCCCAAACCGCUGGCCGUCAAGAAGGCCAAGUGGCACCUGGGCAUACGCAGCCAGAGCAAACCCUACGACAUCAUGGCGGAAGUGUACCGUGCCAUGAGGCAACUGGAGUACGAGUGGAAGGUUGUCAACCCAUACCACCUCCGCGUGCGCAGGAAGAACCCCGUAACGGGCAACUUUGUGAAGAUGAGCCUGCAGCUGUACCAGGUGGACAACCGCAGCUACUUGCUGGACUUCAAGAGCAUCGACGACGAGCUGAUCGAGCAGAAGUCUGGCUCGUCCACUCCGCAGCGCUCCGGCUCCAUCGCGGCCCUCCACCGGCAACGCCUCAGCAUCGACUCGGCCUCCGUCGCCAUGGAGAUGCCCCAGCUCAGCAGCUCGCUGCCGGGCUCGCUGACGGGCAGCACGCCCAUGCUGGCGCCGCGCCAGGGCAGCCACACCAUGGACUUCUUCGAGAUGUGCGCCAGCCUCAUCACCACGCUGGCACGCUGACACAGCCCUGCCCAGCCUGCCAGCCCAGCACGGCCCCGGCCAGCCGAGCACAGCCCAGCCCAGCCCAGCUAGCCAGCCAGCCGACAGGCUCAAUGGCCAGGGCCAGUGCCCGGCUAGCCCCGGCUGGUCUUAUCCCCCGCACAAGAGGUCAUGAGAGGGCUGCCAACAUGGCCCUCACCACCACCACCACCAUCACCACCAUCACUAUCAACACCACGACACCCAGAAAAAGGGCAUACAGAGCUUGUAAGUCAUCAUCCCUUCCCCUCCCCAACCCCCACCUGUACCGCUACCUCUAUCCUGUCUCUGUAACCCCCCCUUUCCUGCCCCACUUUGAUACCUGUGCCCCCAUCAUCCACCAUUAUGCUCUGCUGCUAAAGAACGCCAUCACCAUAGCAAUGCAGUGUUUUCAGAUAAGAACGCGGCAGGUGUUCGACAGGAGUCCACUUGAUUUUCGUUGCCCUGGCUUUUUAUAUACCAUACGUACAGUACGUACGUAUGUCAUCUUUUGUAAACGAUUCUGAUUAUGUGCGAUGUAUGAUACACUAUAUUUUUAUUGUUACAAUUUCCUUUUAUGUAGAGAGAAAACACAGAAGUUGAUUUAAUACCAUAUACCAAAAAAGAGAUUACGUUUAUACAUGCGAAUGAGGAAGAGAUCAUAGGUUUGUUUUUUUUUCUUUUAGAGUGCAGAUUCAUAUUUAUUUUCCAAAGAAUGUUUUAUAGAGCAUAGUUGAUCUUAUUCAUGCACCAAGUAAUGGUGUAGCUUUAUGACCUUAACUAUAUUUCUUUGUAAGCUGAGAUUUUCGGAGUGUGAGGGACAAACAGUCGUAGACCUAAAUGUUGGUCAACGACGCCUGUGAGGGAUGAAGGCAAUAUUGUGUGUUGGAAGAAAAACAAAAAACGGAUGCAAACAGGCUACAGAUAGCUGCACUAGGCACACGCACACUAAUGC